AUGCGAUUCACUCGCAAGCUCGUUCGACAGCAGCCCUGGUGGCUGCUGGUCGGCGUGCUCGCCUUCUUCUUGCUCUCCUCUUUCACCACUGCAGCUCCCGCGCAGGCUCUCAUCCGCCGCGCCGACGAGGUUCAGCCAGCUGGUGCUUCACCGGCUGGUGGUCCGUCGACCAAUUCCCCUUCUGCGCCUGCUGCUGGCGGUGCCGCUCAGGCUGUCGAGGCUUCAGGACCCGCUCGAUGGAUCGCCGCGGGCAAGAGUGGUAUCGAACGACUUGGCGAAAACAUUGCUCGCUUGCGAACGAACACGGAAGAAAAGGCGGCUGCUCUCCGUCAAAAACUUGUCCGUGCCAAGGACGCCACUGUCAACGCUGCGGAUCGCACGGCUCAAUUCUUCAAGUCCGCACCCGCUCGAUCGAAAGAUGCCUAUUUCCGAUCCAAAGAGGCGAUCAAAGACUUCUCCCUCAAAGACAUUAUGUCAAGGCUCAUGGGCCGAUGGAGAACUCGUGAUCGCCCCGGUGAGACCCAGAUCGAUCCCAACUUCGUUUGGACGGACAGAGAGAUCAAAGCGAAUCUGGCGAGAUUCAAGCAGGUUCCACCCUCGUUCGAGGAGGAAGCAGCUCGACGCGCAAAGAUGAUACCUCGGCAGCGCGCCGGUCUCCGUGCGAUCCAGGAGGGCGUGCAAGUGACUCCCGAGAUGAUCAAGGAAGAAGAAGAGGCAGAUGCGAGGAGGCAAAACCAUCAGAAGCUCAUGGCUGAAGCCAUGGGGGAAGCCGAGAAGGAGCAUCCGCCUUCCUCUUCCGUCGCCUCUGGUGCUGCUGAUCUUGCAGGCAAGGCAAAGAAGACUCUGCAGGAAGGAGCUGGCAGCGUGGAAAAGGUCGUUGACGAGGCUAAGAGCAAGCUUCAUGUUCGCAAGCGCAGCCCUGCACCUGGCCCUGCUUCCGGAUGGACUCCAGUCAGCACUCUUCGCUACGAUGGUGCCGGCUACAACUUUGUUCGCAGGGUGGGUGGACCGCUGUACAUCUAUCCCGUGAACCUUCCUGGCAGUGGAGACGGUCCGUACAGGUGGGAGGAUCUGCCGAGCAGUCAUCAAGCGCAGCUGAAGAAGUCGGUCGAGAACCUCAAGAAGGCACAGGCCAACGGAUGGGCCCGAGCAGAGCACCACAUGGGCGUCUCGCCCACUCAGGGCAGUCGCAACGGCUUCUACCGGCUUCCUGGCUUCGCGAAGGACGAGAUCAUUGUCAAGCAGAGAGGAAACGACUUCCGUUUCGAGUAUUCGCAGGCGGGCCUCCUGCGCUCUUCCCGCAAGACGGUGCCGUUUAGUGAACUUCCGGAGCACCUCAAGCUGUAUGCAUCGAACUAUGUCGCCCGUCACCCCGACGUGCCUUGGGCUUCUGUGCUGCGCCGCCUCAGGAAGCGAGCACCUGCCGUCUCGAGCUCCGGAUGGCAGCAAGUUGAUUCCCUCCGAUACCCCGGAGCCGGCUACAACAUUGUUCGCUCGCGCAACAAAUUGCACUUUUACCCCGUCCUACCGGGCUCUGACCGAGCGGUUGUACCCAGGACCUGGGAAGAACUGCAUCGCGCGGAGCAGGAUGAGCUGCGCGCCUCGAUUAGCAAGAUCGACAAGGCGGUCAAGAAUGGUGGACGCAAUGCGGAGCAGCACAUCCAAGUCUCGCAGCACAUCGGGGAUCGCAACGGACUCUACACCACCCAGGGACGCAGUGCGCACACCAUUGCCGUCCUCAGGAAAGGCGACAAGUACAAGUUCGAGUAUCUCAAGCCAGGCGUCAUGUGGGACAGCCGUGUGCGAGUGCCGUUCGAAGAUCUGCCAAGCCAUCUCAAGACGUACGUCAAGUCGCUUGUGCAGGGUGCGCCCGACCUGCCGUGGGCAUCUGCCAUCGGUCGCCUGCGCCUGCAUAAGCGUGCUCCGCCCAACCAAGAGCCUCGCGUCGUCAACUACCCCGGCGAAACAAUUCGACUGAUGAAGGCUCGAGAUGGCACGUACGUGUUCCACAUGAUGCCUGCGCGAAUGGAUCAGGCUCCCCAGGUCAGGAGCUGGUCGCGUCUUCCCGACGAUGUCAAGGCUCACAUCCGCAGGAACAUGCGAAACGUCUACGACGUUGCCCACAGCCGAAUGUCGAUCGCCGAGGCUCGGGCUCGUCAGGUCCGCGUAGCCGAAAACUACGAGGACUUCAACAACGUGUACGCUCAUCCCAUUCGCAAGGCCGAGACGAUCCACAUCAUUCCUGAUAGCACCCACACCUACGUCUUCCAGAGGCAGGUCAACGGCCGUCUCCAGGCGCCCGUGCCCUACAACCAGCUCCCCGAGAACCUGCAAAGGUACCUUUGGAGCGAGGAUAGCAUUCGCAGCGUCAUCUCGUCUCUUGGCGGACACCGAUUCGGCAAGUAA